AAGGAAGCCCACACUCUGUGUCAAGAUGGCGGCGCUACGAGUAGUGGUUUUGACCGGUAGCGGGAGAACUCUCCUGAAUGCACCGAAAUCCGUCCAUACCUCCCGGGCCAACAUGUCGUUCUCCAGCCUGUCCCGGGGGAAGAAGGUGGCCCUGUCGACGCUGGGAGUGCUGACAGCCGGAGGCGCAGGGCUGGCCCUGGUGCUGCAGCAGUCAGUGAAGGCGUCUGACCUGGAGCUGCACCCUCCUUCCUAUCCAUGGAGCCAUAACGGCAUGCUGUCAGCCCUCGACCAUGCCAGCAUUCGCCGUGGAUAUCAGGUGUAUAAGCAGGUCUGUUCUGCCUGCCACAGUAUGGAGUACUUGGCCUUCCGUAACCUGGUUGGAGUCUCGCAUACAGAAGCUGAGGUCAAAGUGCUGGCUGAAGAGAUUGAGGUUGUGGAUGGCCCAGAUGAGACUGGGGAGAUGUUCACCCGCCCAGGAAAGCUCUCCGAUUACUUCCCCAAGCCAUACCCCAACCCUGAGGCUGCCCGUGCAGCCAACAACGGAGCUCUGCCCCCUGACCUUAGCUACAUUGUCAAUGCUAGGCACGGAGGAGAGGAUUAUGUGUUCUCCUUGCUGACAGGCUACUGCGAUCCCCCUGCGGGAGUUUCUGUUAGGGAGGGGCUGUAUUACAACCCUUACUUCCCUGGCCAGGCUAUUGGCAUGGCUCCCCCUAUUUACAAUGAGGUCCUCGAGUAUGAAGAUGGCACCCCAGCCACCAUGAGUCAGGUUGCGAAGGACGUCUGCACAUUCUUGCGGUGGGCAGCUGAGCCUGAACAUGACCAGCGCAAACGCAUGGGGCUGAAGCUGCUUAUGGGGUCUGCAAUCCUGGUGCCACUAGUUUACUACAUGAAGAGGCACAGAUGGUCUGUUCUGAAGAGCAGGAAGAUCGCCUAUAGACCACCCAAAUAAAGCAACUGGUCUAGGCUUUCAACGCUGCUGUUUGGAUUUGUGAUUUUUUUUGUCUUUGUGAAAUGCCCAUGCAUCAAGUUAUGGUUGCCAGAAUCGGUAAUUGAUGGUUGUCUUUUCAAAUUACAUUCUGCUGUGCCGGUGGUAAAGAGCAUAUUUGGCAACCUCGUACAUGUUUUACUGUAAAGGAAGUAAAUUAUCAAAGACAAACAUUACAAGAAUGUUAAUAGGUGGUCUCAGCAAUUUUGAGUGAAAUUGUCACUGCAAUCAUUUUGAGCUCAUCAACUCUGUCCUUUAAUAACUUCAGUACACAUGGCUGUGUAAAUAUUUAAUAUACAGUG